AUGGCUUCAAGCGCCCAUCCAGCAGAGAUUCCAGACUGGAACAACCUCAGAGUCCUUCACAAGAAUACGCUGCCAGCUCGCGCAUACUUCCACAACUACUCAUCGGAAGCUGAUGCCCUCACAUAUGAUGUGACCAAGUCUAAAACACACAGCCUAUCCGGCACGUGGAAGUUCCAGCAUGCAUACUCGCCGUUCGAGGCUCCAGAAGGGUUCCAGGCCACCCAAUUCGACACCUCGCAAUGGAGUGAUAUCGCUGUGCCAGGAAUGUGGCAGUUGCAAGGUUUUGGAAAGGGCCCUCAGUAUACAAAUGUCAUCUAUCCGAUCCCGGUUGACCCUCCAAACGUAUCAUUCACCGAAAAUGAAACUGGAUCUUAUGUCAAGAGGUUCAAGAUCCCAGAGGAACUGAAGAAUAGUCAGAUUCGCCUCCGGUUUGAGGGCGUUGAUGCUGCCUUCCAUGUCUGGGUAAAUGGUCAAGAGGUUGGAUACUCUCAAGGAAGCAGGAACCCGGACGAGUUCGAUGUGACGGCUCUAAUCGACCAGGAUGGUGACAACACUCUGGCCGUUAUGGUGUAUCAAUUCUGCGACGGGACUUAUAUUGAGGAUCAGGACCAGUGGUGGUUGAGUGGCAUCUUCCGCGAUGUUUUAUUGGUUGGCUUCCCGAAUGAGUCUCGCAUUGAGAAUGUGUUUGCGCAUACUCUUCUUGACUCCUCUUAUAUAGACGCCGAGAUCAAGGUCAAAGUCAGCGCAAUCGGAUCCGGUGAGAUUGCGAUCAAAGUUUUGGACGCACAGAAGCAGGUCGUCGCUUCAUCGAACGCGGACAUCAAGACUGGGGGCGUGACGGAAUUCAGCAUCCCAGUGAAGGACCCAUUGAAGUGGACGGCCGAAUCACCCCAUCUUUACCAUUUAGUUGUGUCGCUCAACUCCAAGCAACACUUUGCGCAAAAGAUUGGCUUCCGCCAAGUGGAGAUGAAGGAUGGCCUCAUCAAGGUCAAUGGCGAGAGGGUCGUGUUCCGUGGCGUCAACCGCCAUGAACAUCACCCUAAAUUUGGCCGUGCAGUGCCCUACGAAUUCAUGAAGCAGGAUCUCAUUACCAUGAAACGACACAACGUCAACGCUAUCCGGACUUCUCACCAGCUCAACGAUCCACGUUUGUACGAUCUUGCGGACGAAAUGGGCUUCUGGGUAAUCGAUGAAGCAGACUUGGAGUGCCACGGAUUUGAAACGAUUGCUGAUGCUGCACUCUCCCCUGCUGAGCAAAAGCUACCUUUCCGUGAGCGUCAGCUACUUACUAGGCAGAAAGCUGCUGAAUGGACUACUGACAAUCCGGACUGGACGCACGCCUAUGUUGAUCGGGCUGAAGCAUUGGUCAAGAGAGAUCAACUGCAUCCCUCUAUCAUCAUAUGGAGCUUGGGCAACGAAGCAUUUUUCGGCCAGAACUUCAAGGCCAUGUAUGAGCAUAUCAAAGCGUACGACGACAGCCGGCCUAUUCACUACGAAGCGGACAUUUAUGCAGAAACGAUGGACAUGUACUCCAGGAUGUACCCGCCGAUCGACGAGAUUGUCAAGUUUGCCGAGGACAAGAGCAAGAUGAAGCCUCUCGUACUUUGCGAAUUCAUCCACGCAAUGGGCAACGGUCCCGGCAACAUCAAAGAAUACAUCGACGCUUUCUACAAAUACCCGACACUCCAAGGUGGUUUCGCUUGGGAAUGGGCGAACCAUGGCCUCUUAACAAAAGACAAGCAGACCAACGAAGAGUACUACGCGUAUGGAGGAGAUUUUGGCGAAGAAGUACAUGAUGCGACCUUCGUCAUGGAUGGGCUGGUCAACUCUGAUCAUGCUCCCAAUGCUGGCUUGGUCGAAUACAAGAAGGCUAUCGAGCCUGUACAGCUCCUAGAUUCCAGCAAGACAAAGGUGAAGUUUAUCAACCGUUAUGAUUUCAUUGCGCUCGACCAUCUGGUGUGUCAGUACAAGACAGCAGGCGAGGCAUCUAGCAAUAAUGCGCAGAGUGGUUCAAUCGAAAUCCCAUCUGGCAUUAGACCAGGCCAGACCUUCGAAAUCGACAUUCCGAAAAUAACGAACUCGGAAGGCGAGGUCUUAAUCAAUUUCUCGUUCAAUUUGAAGGAAAGUACGCCAUAUCUUGAGCAAGGCUUCGAAGUCGCCACAGCGCAGAUCCCCGUCACUGCUAUUGCACCGCUACAGCGACCUUCUUCUUCCGACAGGCAGUUGGAGGUAGACUCAUCUUCCAGGAAUCGUGUCAGAAUCACAGCUGAGAAGGCCACCUGGGAGUUCGAUACCCUCCACGGUACGCUAAUAUCAUGGCUUCAAACCGGGACGGAGCUCAUCUCCAAGGCCCCAGAAAUCAACUUCUUCCGCGCGCCCACUGACAAUGAUAUACCGCAAGACGGCUGGGACUGGGACGACAAGAAGCUGCAUUUAGCCAAGGUGUCGACGCGCAAAGUGUCAUGGGAAGAACCUAGCUCUGCCUCAGUCAAGAUUACUGUACAUCAGCGCGUCGCACCCCCAAUCUUGUCAUGGUCCAUAGACUGCGUCUUGACCUACACAUUCUCCGCUGAUGGAAGCCUAUCGAUCCGUGCCAGUGGUACCCCGAAAGGAGAAAACCUCCCAAGAACACUGCCACGAGUCGGAUUUGUUCUGGAGAUUCCAAACGAAUUCCAGCACGUUGAGUGGUUUGGUCGCGGACCGGGAGAAUCUUACCGUGACAGCAAACUCUCACAGUCUGUGGGCAGAUAUAACACGUCUAGCGUGGACGAACUCUGGGUCGAUUAUGAGGUCCCACAGGAGAGCACGAAUCGAACUGAUACGCGGUACUUGUCAAUUAGAAAUGAAAAUCGUGCGGGUUUGCUCGCGCAGUUUGUAGAAAAGGAUGGGCAACAGAGACGAUUGUUUGACUUUCAGCUUAGUCAUUAUAGGAUGAGGGAUAUUGCCGAGGCCAAACAUCCAUAUGAGUUAAAGAAGAAGAAGAGAGAGGAGGUGGUGGUGAGAUUGGAUUAUGCGCAUCAUGGUUUGGGGAGUGGCAGUUGUGGGCCCAGGACGUUGGAUGAGUAUGCGUUGCUGGCGGAACCCUUUGAGUUUGAAGUGCUUCUGCAGGCUGCGUAG